CCUCGCCGGUGCUAUUUAACCUACACGUCUCUCACUUUGUUUUUUUUCUCCCCCAAUCAGAUAAAGAAUAGGACAUGAGUGGAGAUCAUUCCCACGGCGAUGACCAGAUUGACUGUGGCUCUCGGUUCAAUGAUUCUCACAAACAUAAAGAAAAGUACAAGGAACAUAAACACAAGGACCACAAGAAGGACAAGGAACGUGAGAAAUCAAAGCAUGGCAGCAGUGACUAUAAGGACUCCUCUGAUAAAAAACAUAAAGACAAGGAAAAGAUGAAGCACAAAGAUGGCAGCACAGACAAACACAAGGACAAGCACAAGGAGAAGAGGAAGGAGGAAAAGAUGAAGUCUCUUGAUGGUAAGGUGAAGAGAGAAAAGGAGAAUGGCUUUGCCAGUCCUCCGCAUGUGAAAUCUGAGCCUGAGGAUGACUAUAACCACUCCCCUAAACAUGAGAAGUCCCUUAAGCGAGAACGAGAUGAUGAUUACGACCAUGACUUCAAGCCCAAGAAAAUAAAGACCGAAAAUGAUAAAAAGGUCAAAAAAAGGAAACGCGAGGAUGGGGAAAUGAAGCCGAAACAGACAAAGAACAAGAAAGGAGAAGUCGCAGAUGGAAAAAAGAAGGCAAAGAAGGAGCCGGAAGAGAAGUGGAAAUGGUGGGAGGAGGAGAGGUACACAGAUGGCUCCAAAUGGAGGUUUCUGGAACACAAAGGCCCAGUAUUUGCACCACCUUAUGAACCCCUUCCCAGCAAUGUCAAAUUCUACUAUGACGGAAAACUCAUGAAGCUCAGGCCAGAAGCUGAGGAGGUUGCCACUUUUUUUGCCAAAAUGCUUGACCAUGAUUAUACAACAAAAGAUAUCUUUCGGAAAAAUUUCUUUAAAGACUGGAGAAAGGAAAUGACUUCAGAGGAAAAGUCUAAGAUCACAGACCUAAAGAAGUGUAACUUCACCGAGAUGCAUGAAUACUUCAAGGCACAGUCGGAGGCCCGAAAGGCACUGUCAAAGGAAGAGAAACAGAAAAUUAAAGAAGAGAAUGAGCGCAUCCUGCAGGAGUAUGGCUUUUGCAUCAUGGACAACCACAAAGAACGCAUUGCUAACUUUCGCAUUGAGCCUCCUGGCCUGUUCCGUGGCCGUGGAGACCAUCCUAAGAUGGGCAUGCUAAAACGUCGGAUCAGGCCUGAGGACAUCAUUAUCAACUGUAGCAAGGACUCCAAACACCCUAAGGCUCCCCAAGGAACUAAGUGGAAGGAGGUUCGCCAUGACAACAAGGUGACCUGGCUGGUGUCAUGGACGGAGAACAUCCAAGGGUCAAUUAAGUACAUCAUGUUAAACCCAAGCUCCAGGAUCAAGGGAGAGAAGGAUUGGCAAAAAUACGAGACAGCCCGUAGACUGAAGAAGUGUGUGGACCGUCUGAGGGCACAGUAUCGGGAAGAUUGGAAGUCUAAAGAGAUGAGGAUCAGGCAGAGAGCAGUGGCACUCUACUUCAUUGAUAAGCUGGCUCUGAGAGCAGGUAACGAGAAGGAGGAAGGUGAAACGGCAGACACGGUGGGCUGCUGCUCUCUCAGAGUGGAGCACAUUAAGCUACACCCAGAGAAAGAUGGCCAAGAGUAUGUGGUGGAGUUUGACUUCCUUGGUAAAGACUCCAUCCGUUACUACAACACAGUUCCUGUGGAAAAAAGGGUAUAUAAGAACUUACAGUUAUUCAUGGAAAACAAGGAGCCAGAUGAUGACCUGUUUGACCGUCUCAAUACCUCCAUUCUGAACAAGCACCUCCAAGAGUUGAUGGAUGGCCUGACGGCCAAAGUGUUCCGUACCUACAAUGCCUCCAUCACUCUGCAACAGCAGCUGAAGGAGCUCACCAGUCCGGAGGAAAACAUUCCAGCUAAGAUCCUGUCCUACAACAGGGCUAACAGAGCUGUGGCCAUUCUCUGCAAUCAUCAGAGGGCUCCACCUAAGACCUUUGAGAAGUCUAUGCAGAACCUACAGACUAAGAUCGAUGCAAAAAAGGGCCAGCUUGGAGAUGCCAAGAGAGAGCUCAAGAGCGCCAAGGCUGAUGCCAAAGUACGGAGAGAUGAGAAGUCGAAAAAGGCUGUGGAGACCAAGAAGAAAGCCGUUCAGAGGAUAGAGGAGCAACUGAUGAAGUUGGAAGUGCAGGCAACUGAUCGUGAAGAGAACAAGCAGAUUGCCCUGGGUACUUCCAAGCUCAACUAUCUGGACCCUCGCAUCUCUGUGGCCUGGUGUAAGAAGUGGGGUGUUCCCAUUGAGAAGAUCUACAACAAAACCCAGCGUGAAAAGUUUGCCUGGGCUAUUGACAUGGCAGAUGACGAUUUUGAAUUCUAAAUUCAAGUUUUUGAGUUUAAUUUCUUAUUUUAUUGGAUACUUUUUUUAAUCUUAACCGAAUUUCACUCGAUGGCCAGACUCAACAAGGCGAUGUGGAGAAAGCGUGUUAAAAGAGGGGUAAGUCAAGAUGUUGAGGCCAUAAAGAACUGGCAGGAGAGGGUUGUGGUUAGUCUGAACAUCUGAUCUGAGAUCAGGAAAAAAGGCUGAACUUACACCCGUGUCUGAGCAUCAAGGCGUAGUCCCAGUAAUUGGAAGACCCUUUAACCUUUGACUCUCUCCCUUUGGGACAAGACCUGACAAUGCCUGAACUUUGAAUUCUGUGGUCCUGUAGCUACUGUAUCCAGCAACAACAAAAAAAAACACAAAAAAAACGCUUUGUGUAUCAUUUUAUUAUCUUUGUUCACUUGCUCUGUAUUUUAGCCCUCCCAUGUAUUAUUAUUAUUAUUAAUGAAUUCUAUAUUUUGAUAGAAGAGAAAGCUAAGUGAAUUGAACUCCUUAAAUACACCCAUGCGCCUUUUGAAGAAAUGAAUGAGCUUGAUCUCAGAAAGUUAAAUCAGUUCAUCUGGACACGUUUAGUGGGAGAAAUGUUUUCAUCCCUCAUCUAAGUGACCUCUUCAGUCAAAACUGACUGCAGGUAUUCCCACCCUUAUAAACUAUACAGUGGCAUAACGACUGAAACCAACAAUCAGUUUGAUUCAACUUUCUUUGAUUUUCUUACCUGAAUUAUUGAGUAUGCAUAAAGAUGUUCACAGAGGAUUGGGGAAUGGUUGCAGUCACGGUGUUGUAAGAUGGUGACAGAUGUACUCUUAGCCCCCGGGUCAAGGAUGGUCAUUCCCUCUUCAAAUAGAUGAACUGAUUCAACUUGAGCAUGCAUCAAGAGAUGAAUGAGCUUGAGUUUUGAGGGUGGGUGAUUUUAAACUGGACUGUGUGAAUUGUAUAACAUGAAAGGAUGCCUGGACAGGCAAGCGGGGGAAAUAAUGCAACCAUGUCAAUAUUUACUUAAGCAAGCAGAAUGUGAAUGUUUCGUUUUACAGCCUCUAUCAGGGAUGUCUUUUUCAGUGUAAAUGUGAACCAAUCAUUUCCACCUUUUGGGUUUCCAGGAUCCUUUGACUCUUUGCAUUGUCCUGUCUAUAUCGGAUUUAACUUAAUUAUUUCAACAAUUGCUCCAAGAGGAAUAAACUCCCCUAUCUGUUACUUGAAAAUUAUGCUAUUGUAAUGUAUUUUAAGUCGGCAAAUGAGAAGUGUUUUUCUUCCUAGAAAGAUGUGAGGGAUUUUAACUUUGCCAAAAAAAAUUGCCAAUCUGUUACAAUUUAGGCAUUUUUUUUUAAUUGUGUAGAAAUUGAGGACAAAAAAACGUAAUGGAACAUUUAAUGUGAAUUAUCCAUUCAUUUUAUUCCACCCUUUCACACGUGUUUGACAGGAAAGUUGAUGUAAGUAGCUGUAAAAUCAACGCCCUAUUCCUGUUUUACAACCUUUUCGUCAUAGCCUUUGAUCAUGUUUUUUGUUUUUCCCGUUUUUUUUUAUUUUAUUUUUAUUUUUUUGUUUUCUUUUUUUUUUAGUUUUAUGGUCAUUGUAGGUUGAAAAAUUAAUAAAACCCUACAACACAG